AGAAGUUUGUCAGAGAAGGCGGAAGUAGGGAACUCAUCUUCGUAUAAUCGAUAAAAUAGCCCCUUAAAAGUACUAGAAUGUGAAAAAAGCUUUUUAGCUAGAUCAGCCUAGCUUGUCUUUCGUACAGCUAUGGCGCUACGUUCUCUCAAGCCAGAUGGCACAGAAGGGACAGCAACUGUUGAAGUGACAUACAAAAAUGGAAAAGAGAUAAUAAAACGUUAUGGCUGUAUGGUUAAGAAUGAUGCCAAUCUUGAAUUCCUUAUUCAAAAGCAUAUAAAUGAAAAAGCUGACAAAACAAAGUUUAAGGACCCUAAAUGCUAUGCUUAUAUGUAUGAUCCAGAUUUUAAAGAAGAAAGAAACGAAGCUACUGUACGUGUUUCUUGCCAUCGUUUUUCAAUGCCAAGUCAACCAAAAGAAUGUACACUUGAUUCUUCACCUCAUAACUUUGUAAAAGUUCAGGGCCACAUAUUUUUUCCAUGUGGUUCUGAAUAUUUCAAUAAUAGCAAAUAUUUCUUGAAAGAACACAGCAAGGAGAUUCUAGUAGCUCAAGACCUAACCCAAGUAAUUUUUGGGUUAACGUACGAUAAAGAAAAAAAAUCCCCCAAAUUUAUUCCUCUAAAGUUGGAUCAUCAGCUGUCCUCCGAUGUGUAUGGUAUUGGUGCAGAAGAUYAUAAAAAGUUGGAAGAUGCUGGUCCAGUUCUUCUUCAAGACAAUAAGACUGUAGUUGGCAGUUUUGAUCCUGGUUUUGAUCACUAA